AUGAAUGGCCUAUCUUUUUUACGAUUGCCAGUUGGUUCAAUGAAUGUGCCGCGCAUGUCUGCGCUUCUUUUGUUGAAUUCAUUUGGCUAUAUUUGUAAAAAAUUGAAAUUUUUAUUUGAAAUUUCAGCUUAUAUUUUUCCAUGCUUGGAUGGCUGUCAAUGCGAUACGAAUGACGAAGCUAUUCACUGUCAUAGUGGAAAACGAAUUUCUAUAUCCAUGCCAGAAUCGCGUCUUCGUGGUUUCUCUAUUAUUGGCAUUACAAAUAAUAACAUUCAAAAGCUUCCACCAGAAAGUGAAUUAUUAGAGAAGUUUCCCGAUCUUCGAGCGAUCGACGUUGAAGGAAACAAUAAUCUCGACUGUGAUUCUGUGAAAUCUUUCGAAAUUAUUAAGGUUUACAGUCAUUGUGAAGGGAGUCAGUCAGCUACUGUUAUUCGUGGUCAUCGACUUCCCGACAUCGAAAUGCCAACAGAUGUUUGUUUUAUUUGUUUUGCUGCAGAAAAUAUCUCUAAAUUCGGUAAUAUGUGCUUAGAAAAGGAAUGA